UUUACCGCCGUCCCUUCGUCCUCUUCUCCCGCUGGCAUAGGAUGACCGACACCGUCGCCUCCAUCACGGCGCAAUUCGCAGCCCUCGCCGUGUCCGAGGGUUGGAAGAAAAAGUCAGACAAAUACAAGGAGGAGCGGCGCGCGUACAUCGCUUUCGCCGUCAACUCGGGCUUCCUGGCGAAGUUCGGGCGUAACACCGCGGACCUGCAGGCCUGGCAAAGCCUAUGCGAGACCAUCGGCGUGGGCGGCGGGGCAGAGGCCUUGCGGAGCAUCAAGGCUUGUAAGAGGGCGCUGGCAGAUGUGUACGUGAAUAUCGUCGACCUCGUCGAUGCCGCGCAAGCCGGGGCGAAGAUUCGGCGGACGUUCGGUUCGUCGCAGGCGCUCGCGGCGUACAUCAAGCGGACAAAGAAGAUAUUCCCGAAAGAAAAGGCAAAGUCGAAUCCGCUGCUGCAGCGUUUCUUGAUCGUUGUGUACUGAUCAUGGCACUUACCACCUUAAACCUGCUCUUGAUUGAAUUAUAAUGCAACAUUCGAACCCUGUA